AUGGAUAAUUCUUCUUAUGUUACGUAUUUGGUAAUGGAUGGGCAUAUAGAACUGCAUAAGUACAGAUAUUUUUAUUUUAUAAUUACUCUCACAGUCUAUUUGUUGAUUAUUUGUUGUAAUGUUGUUGUCAUUUUUGUCAUUUACACAAACAAAUGUCUCCAUGAGCCGAUGUACAUUUUCAUUGCUGCUUUACUUUUUAAUUCACUUUUUGGAACGACUGCCUUUUAUCCUAAACUGCUGAGUGAUUUUCUGUCUGAGAGACAGGUUACUUCUUACUCAGCCUGUCUGUUUCAGGCCUUUUUUAUUUACACAUAUGCUGCUUCAGAGUUUGCACUGUUAACAGCUAUGGCCUAUGACAGAUAUGUGUCCAUAUGUAAACCAUUACAAUAUGCAACACUUAUAAAAAUUUCCACUGUGAAAAAGCUCUUAUUGUGCUGUUGUUUUUUUCCUGCUUGUGAAAUUGGCACAUUAAUAAUACUAACAUCCCGACUUCAGCUGUGUAAAUUUCAUUUAGACAGAAUUUACUGUAAUGAUUAUUCAAUUGCAAAACUGAGCUGUGGAGACACAUCAGUUACAAAUUUAUAUGGACUCUUUUGUGUAACUCUUACUGUAUUUCCAGCACUGAUCUUCAUAAUCUACUCAUAUGUUAGAAUAUUUGAAAUCUGUUUAAAAAAUUCAAAGGAGUUCAGAAGAAAAGCUCUGCAGACCUGCUUCCCACACCUUUUCAUUUUAAUCAGUUUCUGUGUUUUCUCUUGCAUUGAGGUGAUUACCCCUAGAUUAGAAGGAAAUAUACCUCAUACUAUUUCUGAGAUAAUGCCAAUUUUAGGUUUGGUCUUUCCUCCUCUUAUCAAUCCUAUAAUGUAUGGAUUAAAACUGCAAGAAAUUGACAGUAAAAUCAAGAAAAUAAUGUUCAAUGCAGGGAUGAAGGUCCCUGUCCUUCUUCCCUUCUCCUCCCAGCUGGUGGGGUGGACGUCAGUUGUCCAGCUUGAGAGCCUAUUUAAUGAGCUCUUCCAGAGAGUCUGGUGUGUGACGAGUGGCCAGCUUAUCUUUGACCCUGCUGCUGAGGCCCUGUUGGAAGGGGUAGCCCAAGCCAAGGCUCAGCCCAUAAGUAGCGAGAUGACGUACGCUACUUCAGAGCAUUCAGUGGGGAGCCUAGAGGGCUGCUGCUGA